UACAAUAGUGAGUGUUCUGUCUGUGUGUCAAACAAACAAAAUAUCAGGCAAGGGAAGUGUGUGUGUGAUAAAAUAACAGUGGGAAUAAAACUACCUAUAUUCAAUAAAGAUUUGUUUGAAGACAUCUGCAUAUGGUACCUUACUUAUUUCCAUGUAGUCCAUAUCUUUGCACAGUUUGCUUUCAGCGAGCGCAUGCAACGGAAGUGCAAUGAAUUCGAUUUGCUAUAAUGGGGCCAAUGACAGGCUGAUACAUGAAGCUGAUCAGCUAAUAUCGCACAUAGAAAGGGGGACAACACUGCACAAGUUCUAUCCUAGGAAGCGACCUGAACGUAGGACUCUGCUGGUGCGGCGGGAGACACAUCAAGUUAUAUGGUACAGGACUGUGGCACCACAAAAGCAGACGUACGAAGGUUCCCUAGAUAUUCGAGAUGUGAAGGAGGUACGCGUAGGGAAGUCUUCUAAAGACUUUGAGCGAUGGCCAGAAGAGACAAAGAGGAUUGAGAGCUCAAAAUGUUUCACUAUAUACUAUGGUACCGAGUUCAAACUGCGCUCCGCGUCAUUUGCAGCUAACACGGACAAAGAAUGUGAGAGUUGGGUGAAAGGUUUGCGGUUCCUAGUGGAAGAAGCAUUAAGUGCUUCCUAUCCAUUGCAAAUUGAGAGGUGGCUGCGCAAAGAAUUCUACACUAUUGAGAAUGCGAAUGAGAAGAUCACACUAAAAGAAGUGAAGGCGUUUUUACCAAAAAUUAAUUGUAAAAUACCAACCAGUAAGCUACGCGAUAUAUUUCAAGAGGUUGACACACACAAACGAGGGGAGAUCGGAUUUGAUGACUUCUCAAUUUUAUAUCACAAGCUAAUAUUCGAUGAAAAUAAUGUCCACGAGAUAUUCGACAAGCAUCACCUGUAUUCGUCCAAUGGCAGCGUGAUCACGCUCAGGGAGUUCCAGAAGUUUCUCCUCAUUGAGCAACAUGACCGGCUCGGCGACGAUGAACUACGGGCUUCUCAGUUCAUCAGGGAUUACUUGAGGGAUCCACAGAGGGACACCGCUGAGCCCUACUUCACUUUGACUGAGUUCAUAGAGAUGUUAUUUUCGAAACAAAAUUCGAUAUGGGACAGCAAACAUGAUAAAGUGACCCAAGACAUGACUAGACCCCUUUCCCACUACUGGAUAUCAUCCUCGCAUAAUACGUAUCUCACCGGUGACCAGUUUUCGAGCGAGUCCUCGCUGGAGGCCUACGUCCGCUGUCUGCGCUCAGGCUGUCGCUGCAUAGAGCUGGACUGCUGGGAUGGGCCCGACGGAACCCCCUUCAUAUACCACGGUCACACCCUCACCACCAAAAUAAGAUUCAUGGAUGUCCUCCGCACCAUCAAAGAACAUGCCUUCAUUACCUCCGAUUACCCUCUCAUCCUGUCCAUCGAAGACAACUGCUCCCUUCCACAGCAAAGAAAAAUGGCCAGCGCCUUCCAAGAUGUCUUCGGUGACUUGCUUCUAGUCCAGCACAGCGAAAAAAAUGAAACAGCAUUACCUUCACCUCAAGAGUUACGUAGAAAGAUUAUAUUAAAACACAAAAAACUACCGGAAGGCGCCGAGGAGAAUUCCUUUGCUGUCCGCCAGGAGGAGGGAAAGGAUUUAGAUCUAAGAAAUUCUAUAAAAAAUGGUAUUCUUUUAUUGGAAGAUCCAGUAGAUAAGGAGUGGAACCCUCACGCGUUCGUGUUGACCGAGAAUAAGUUGUAUUAUACUGAGCAUUAUAGUGCACAGAGGGAGGCCGACGCCGAUAGCGAUAGUGAGAUAGAAGGAGAUAACACGAGCAUACCUCAAGAUGAGUUGCAUUUUGGGGAGUGUUGGUUUCACGGGAAGCUGGCGGGGAAUAGGCAGGAGGCUGAGGACUUGCUUCGGGCGCAUUCGCAUUUGGGUGACGGGACGUUUCUAGUCCGCGAGAGUGUGACGUUUGUGGGAGACUACUGCCUGUCGUUCUGGAGGCAGGGGAAGGUGAACCAUUGCCGGAUAAAGCUGAAGCAGGAGCGAGGCGUGACGAAAUACUUUCUGAUCGACAUGGUGUGCUUUGACAGCCUGUACAGUUUGAUCAUGCAUUACAAACAACACCCGCUGAGGAGUCAGGAAUUCCUCAUUACCCUGAAGGAACCAGUGCCGCAGCCGAACAAGCACGAAGGCAAGGAGUGGUUCCACCCGCACUGCACUCGGGCGCAGGCCGAGGAGCUCCUGAGGAAGGCGAACACCGACGGGGCCUUCCUCGUCAGGCCCAGUGAGAAGGAGCCCGCUUCCUUUGCUAUAAGCUUUAGAACGGAAAGGGAGAUCAAACACUGUCGCAUCAAGCAGGAAGGGCGGCUGUACACUAUAGGCACGGUGAAGUUUGAAAGCCUAGUGGAACUGGUGUCUUAUUACGAGAAACAUCCUCUGUACAAGAAGGUCAAGUUAUGGUACCCUAUCAGCGAAAGCAUCGUGAGGAGUAUUAUAGCCGAGCCGGAUGACAGUUCUGUAUACGGAACUCCGGGGUAUAUGGAUCCAACCUCAUUUACAUCAAAGGUGACAGUAAAGGCACUAUACGACUAUCGUGCGCGUCAAGACGACGAGCUAUCGUUUUGCAAGCACGCCAUCAUCACCAACGUGGACAAACCGGAUCCCGGCUGGUGGCGUGGGGACUACGGCGGCAAGCGGCAUCACUGGUUCCCAGCCAACUACGUGCAGGAGAUCGAGGUUCCGCACAUGCCUAAUAUACAAGGUUUAGAAAGCGAAACAGCAGCUCUGGGCUCUCUCCAGAAGGGUGUCGUGGACGUGCUGGGGGCCGUGGUGGAACUGGUGGUGGGGGAGGCCAACGGCUCCUCGCGGUGGCUCGUGCGCAUCCAGAGCCCCUCCAUGUGCGCACCGUUCGACAUGGCCGCCCCCACCAACGAGGUCGCCAUCGAGUGGCUCUCCGCCAUCAAGGAAGCCGCACAAAGCGCAAGCGCCCGCUCCAUGCAGAACAAGAAAAUGGAACGCACCUGGAGGAUCGCCAAGGAAAUGUCAGACCUCAUCAUCUACUGCCGCUCCGUCGCCUUCAACCAAGACAGACUCCGCAACAAAGGAUUCAUCCACACAGAAAUGUCCUCAUUCCCCGAAACGAAAGCGGAACGCCUAAUGUGCCAACAAGAGAACCAAUUCUUCCUCAAAUAUCACACUAUUCAACUCAGCAGGAUAUAUCCCAAGGGGCAGAGGAUAGAUUCUUCAAAUUAUAAUCCGGUUCCGUUCUGGAAUUCCGGAUCUCAGAUGGUGGCGCUGAAUUAUCAGACUCCGGAUAAGCCUAUGCAGAUUAAUGUGGGGAAGUUUAAAGAGAAUGGCGGUUGCGGGUUUAUUCUGAAGCCGGAUUUUAUGUUUGAGGAGGGUUACAACCCGAGUGACGCGCGGAGUAUAGAAAAGCGGGUAAAAUCAGUGUCAGUGAUGUUGCGGGUGAUUGGUGCGCGGCAUUUGUGCAAGUCUGGCCGCGGCACGGCGAGCCCCUUCGUGGAAGUGGAGAUCGUGGGCGCCGAGUACGACAGCGGAACCAAACUCGUCACCAAGACUGUUGGCGACAACGGCAUCAACCCGAUAUGGAAUGACAUUUGCGAAUUUGAAGUGGCCAAUCCGGACCUGGCCCUCAUUCGCUUCCUGGUGCAAGACGAAGACAUAUUCGGUGAUCCAAACUUCAUCGGCCAAGCCACUUUCCCCUUCAAGUGCCUCCGCACCGGCUACCGCAGUGUCCCCCUCACCAACGCCUUCUCGGAAGAGCUCGAACUAUCAUCGCUUUUAGUUCAUAUAGCUUUGAUACACAAUCAUUAGCGAGGUUUUACCGAUAUAAGUAUAGUCAUGGGUAAACAAAGACAAAUAAAACUGUAGACGCGGGGUAGAUUGCGGCAGGCUGCCUCUAUAAAUGAUGAGGGACAAACGAUAUCAACGCUCUGUCCUGCUUCUCCACGUGUCUCCAUUUUUAAUACCAGUCUCUUGUAUGAACGAAACGGGAAAUAUAACGUUGUCUAUAGUUUCCUCUGUCUAUUGGGGAAAAGAUUCAAUCUUUGAAAUUUUUGACAAUUUCCAUAAGAAAAAAGAUUUGAAAGAAUAAUAUAUUUAGACUGAGCCAUCGAUUUUGUCUUUUUUCAAAAGUAACGAAUAGUGAAAUUUAAAUGCCUUCUUAUAUUUUAAUAGUUAUUAGAUUUUACAAUAUAAAUUCAAAUAACUAUUUUCCGUCGGUACAUAUCUUUUUGGGGCUUUCUCUGUUUUAUAUUCUCAUUAUUAUCCUAGUGAAUUUUUGGUUGACUAUUUUGUGCCUGUAUAUAAAGUAGUAAUCCUUGUGUAGUACAAUUCUGAAUCACCCAAUGGUAAAGUAUACUAUAGUGACAUCGAACGCUAAAGUUUAUUCCUCACCUCUGAAUUGAUGGCAUCUUGGUUGCCUUCUGGGUCUUGAAGCCGCGAAACCCGGGGUCAACGUAAAAAAAACCCUUAAAGUUUUGAAGAUUCGGCCGUGAUUUCACAACCGGUCGCCUGCCUGAUGUCAACCCUCCUAGGAAAUGCUAUUGUUGCCUGUUAGCUACCUAGGCUGUCCCUUAGUCGCCUCGUACGACAUCCACGGGAGGAUAUUGAGUGCUAUUCUAGUGCUAAAAUUUAUUAUUUACUUAAUAUUCUACAACAAGCAAGCAACUGAUCUGAUUUGUUAUAAGCAUGACUUUUUUAGAAAUUAUUCUCAGAGAUAGAAGGCACUCAACUUUUUAAUAUUUCGUAGAAAUAAUAAUAUUUAUUUCUGCUUCCACAAAAAUUUAAGUAUUGUUAAAUAAGUAGAUUUUAUAAUCACAAUUUACAUACGUGAUUUGAUCUAAAUUUAUAAUCGUAAGGACUAAAUUUAAAAUGGAAUAUGUUUUUACAUAAUACGUACCAGAAUACGUAAGUACAUAUAUUUGUUAUAGUGAUUGUUUUAAUUAUUUCAAAUAACUAUUAUGUUUUAGAUUUAUUUCAUAAUGUUUAAAUGUUUGUCUUAUACGAAAAGGGAUAUUGUAGUCGAAGUGCUGUGUAAAAGUCGAUGUGACGAACUUUCAAUACAUGAGUUGAAGUUUAUUUAUUGCGGAAUCAUUACUACGAACACGACAAAGACGUUAUGUAAUUAGUUUGGCCGCAUGUUUUCUUGCUGCACAAUUCGCAAAUAAUAUUAUUUUGCAAAAACUCGACAACAAAACUUUUUCUUUACAUGAAUGAAUUCGAGAAGACCUUUAAAUCAAACUUUGUUAUAAUAAUAUUUAUGUAAUUAACCACGUGAUUAAAAGGCAGUGCUAUUUAGUUUGUAGAAUAUACAUUUUUAUGACAUCUUUGAAACGGGCGUAACGUUAUGUAUUUGAAAAAAUUAAAAAAAUUAAAGUGUACAAAAACGAUUACAUUUUGUCCCUUUUAUAUAUUUAAUUUAGUGUUAAAAUGUGUUGUACAUGAUCUUAUCGGUAUACAUUGCUGGUUUUCCAUUGCGUUGAAUAAAAGUUCUAUACAAAAUACAGUAGAUCACUCGCGUAUAUCUGUCUGAGUUCGUCGAUAAUGUGUAGCCGACAACGUUUAUAUUGAGUGUUGUCUAUUAGUUUUAAAAACGUGCCUUAUUUAAUUAGGUAUUUAAAAAAUACGCAACGCACAAAUUAAUUAGACUGUUCUUAGGUAAUGUGGCGAUGGCCAGAAUGUUUGUUCGAAUUUAAAUUAUUAAAUUUAAAAAUAUAUGUAACAAUGUAGGUAAAUUACAUUAUAUGUAACUCUUUAGUGGUAGUAUAUGUACCUAUAUGGAUUUUAUUAUAUUCAACUAAGCAUUAUAAAGAUAAUGUUCUUGCAUUUAUCUUCAAACAUAGACAUUGUUUUCUCAUUAUUUAUUAUCAUUAUUUACUAUGAAUCUUUUAAUUUACUCUAAUCUUUUACUACUUACUUUUUGUGAUGUGAUCUGAAAAGUAGAUAUAAUAUUUUUAUUCGAAGCUAAAACAACAAUCGCAAUUUUGCUAUGUAUGUUUUUUUAUGCUAUUUUUCUGUUACCUAAAGCUGGAUUAUGGAUAAAGGCGUAAUUUAUUUUGCUGAAAUUUAUCGUACAUCCAAAAUUAUGGUAUAUCAAAAUCUUGCAUGUAAUUAGUAUAUUUAUAUUUAUUCCAUAAACAGUAUGAUCUGAGAAUUGUGAUCACAAAUUAUUCUCGAAUUUAAUUUUAUCUUCGUUUUCGCUCAAAUUUUACAAACACCACGUACGAAAAUAAGGAUGUAAGUCCGAAUUUGCAAUAUAUUUUAUUUUGUGUUGUAAGAAUAUAUAAAGUAAGAAAAAGUUUUUUUAAAUAUAUGUUAUGCUAAUCUAUAUUUGGAUUUUGUCACAUGUGUACUGUAUUUUAGUGAUUGGCAAAAUUAUAUACAUUGUGAAUUACCUACCAAUUUUAUAGUUAAGUAGGAUAAUUAUAUACGCCGGCAAAGUUGCUAUUUUAGCAACCAAAAAAUCAUAGCAAAUUCGUCUCUAUUUUGCCACCGCUAAGUAUAUAUCAUACUAAUUAUCUUCAUAUGAAGUUAACUUGUACGUAUGUAUAUUUUAAAAUAUUUUUUUCGUUCGAAAUAACUAAGGUUAAUCAAAAAAGUAAAAAUUAAAGGUAAAUGUUUAUAAUACAUA